AUGUCCAAAUUUCCACCCGAUGUUGCUGAACUAUUCAGCAGAGGACCCCCAUUACCCUAUAGGAAACCCAUUGACUAUCCGUUGGAAAAACGUCGAACGAAUCCAAAUAUAACGGGACUCACAAAGUAUUUGAGCUCAUUGCACCAGUAUAAGGAGGAAUUCCCGCGCGGGACAGCGAACAAGCAUCUCCGCGUGUACGAAGACGUGAAACACGAGAAAGAGAAAGAGAUGGAUAAGUUACAGUUACUUUGCGAGGAAUGGAAACCCGCUGAGGACCCAAAUAUAGCGGGGACGGAUCCUUACAAAACGAUAUUUGUUGGGAGGUUGCCCUACGACACUACAGAACUGGAUUUGCAAGAGAUAUUUGGUAAGUAUGGGGCUGUUGAUAAAGUGAGGGUUGUUAGGGAUAAGUCGAACAAAUCGCGAGGAUAUGGAUUUGUUUUGUUUGCGGACCCACAGGCGUCCAAAAGAACAAUGAGGGAGACUGGUGUCCACAGGGGGAUUCCAAUAAAAGGGAGGACUUGUAUUGUGGAUUUUGAGAGAGGCAGAACAAACAGGUACUUCACACCGAGAAGAUUGGGCGGAGGACUCGGCGGCAGAGGCUACACCCAGACGCCGCCGAGAUCCAGCCGGUUCGCACCGUUAAGGGCUACGGGCUCUGACCAUUUAUCAGGGUUUGGUGCCACACGAUUCACUUCAGAUAACGGGGAAUUUCGCACGGAAAGAUACGCACCAUCCUCUGCUACAGCCGCAAGAGGCCCCAGCAGAUACAAUACCCAGCCGCAGCCGCAGCCCGCACCAUUCGAGCAGCAGCACAGUGCGGGGGAGGAAUUUGUACCUACUGUACUAUACAAGUCAAGAACUGCGCGAACAAGACCCACCGCGACAGACUCCGAAGAUCCCGGCAUGGAUUACUGA